AUGGAAAAGAGAAACCUGAGCCGAGAGAUGGAGUUUGCCCCGGCUCUCACCAGUGACCCCCAGCGGCAAAGGCUGCUGUUUGUGGCGUUCCUGGCCGCGUGCUCCAUCACUGUGCUCGGGAACCUGCUCAUGUUCUUUCUAAUCCACGUUAGCGUCGCUCUGCACACACCCACGUACGGCCUCCUCAAGAACCUCUCGUUCCUGGAUUUCUGCUACUCUUUUACGGUGGUCCCUCAGACCUUGAUGAACUUCCUGGUUAAGAGAAAAGUCAUCUCUUAUUUUGGCUGCCUGGCUCAGAUGUUCUUUUACGCAGGCUUUGCCAGCGAGUGCCACCUCAUUGCCGCGAUGGCCUACGACCGAUACGUGGCUGUUUGCAACCCUCCAGCCAUCAUGUCUCCUAACGUUUGCGCCUCUCUCAUUGGGGGCUCCUACAGCCCAGGCUUUCUCAAUUCUCUCAUCGCCCCGAGCUGCAUCUUCAGUCUGAACUUCUGCGGUGGUCACGUGGUCACUCACUUCUUCUGCGACGGGCCACCCAUCCUGUCCCUGUCCUGCGUGGACACUUCGCUCUGUGAGAUCCUGCUUUUCAUCUUUGCGGGUUUCAACCUUCUGAGCCGCACCCUCACCAUCCUGGUCUCCUGCUCCUUAAUCCUCAUCACGAUCCUGCAGAUGAGUUCAACCCACAGCAGGUUCAAGGCCUUGUCCACCUGCACGUGCCACCUCACUGCUGUGUGCUUCUUUUUUGGCACCAAACUUUUCACGUACCUGCGCCCUAGGUCCAGCUACUCCUUGGCCCAGGACCGCACAGUUGCCGUUAUCCACACAGUGGUGAUCCCAAUGCCGAACCCCUUAAUCUACUCUCUGAGAAACAAGGAUGUGAAGGAAGCUCUAAGGAAGGUAUGGGGGUACAAGGCUUUACUCCCAGCAUCUGGGAGGACUUUGAACCUGGGCGCUCGAGCGAGGGGCGCGGCGGCAGCACCUGGGCCAGCGCGGCUUGGCCACGCGCCGGCCCCCAGCCUCUGCCUGUAUCAGCAGCUGCAGGCAAGAGCGCUGGAGACCCACAGCUCGCUGCGGUUGCCUGGCCGCGGUGGCGGCGCCCCUGUGCGCGACGGCCCUCCCUGCUCCUCCCCCGCACGCGGGGCCAGUGGUCGCGUCCGAGGAAACUCGGCUAGGCCCUGCUCCUAG